CCAAUAAUCACCGCGCAAUGAUGCUGUCCCGAUCAUUUACCGCCCUCAGCCUCCUAUGGCUGCAGCUGCAGUCCGCAACAGCCGCGACUCCCUACUCGCAACUGAUGCUCGACUCCGUGAUCGCGCGGUCGACUCCGCUGGGCCUCAACGCCGCCGGGAAGGUGACGACGACGUACGAACACGGCGUGAUCGAGCGCGCGCUGCAGAUGGUGUACAACGUCACCGGCGACAGCAAGUACUACAACUACCAGAAGAAGGGCGUCGACAAUAUCAUCGACUCGAAUGGGAAGCUGCUGGAUUACGAUCUGACAGUCUAUACGCUCGACGAUAUGAGGCUGGGCCAGGAGUUCCUCCACCUGUAUAGGAUGACGGGUCAGGCGAAGUACAAGAACGCCGCCGACACCCUGCGGAAACAGAUCAAUGUCCAGCCGAGGAAUUCCGAGGGUGGGUAUUGGCACAGGAACGUAUACCCCAACCAGAUGUGGCUCGAUGGCCAAUACAUGCUCAAUCCCUUCUACGCCGAGUACACUUCCAUCUUCCAGCCCACAAACACGACAGCAUGGAACGACAUCCUCCUUCAAUACCAGCUGAUCCACGCACACACGCUCAACACGACCUCGGGGCUCCUCGCACACGGCUACGACGGCGGCAAGACCGCCUCCUGGGCGGACCCCGUGACCGGCGCCGCGCCUCACGUGUGGAUCCGCGCGCUCGGCUGGUACACCAUGUCGCUGCUCGACGUGCUGGACUACUUCCCGCCGAGCCACGCGGGGUUCGCCGAGCUGAAGGGGUACUUCACGUCGUGCAUGGAGGCGGUGCGCGCCGCGGCGGAUCCGGCGACCGGUGGCUGGUGGCUGGUCAUGGACCAGCCCGGCAGGGACAAGAAUUACAUCGAAAGCUCGGGCACGGCCAUGUUUGUCUACUCGUUCCUGAAGGGCCUGAGGGUCGGAUAUCUUACCGGCGCGUCUGGGAAGGAUCUGGCGGCUGCGGAGAAGGCAUACCAAUACAUGGUCAAGCAGUUUGUUAAGGUCGCGGCGAAUGGAACCGCGGACUGGCUCGGGACGGUGGAGGUCGGGAGUUUGGGCGGGAAGGCGGAUUACGAUUAUUACGUCAAUGUGGCGUUGAGGACGAAUGAUCUGAAAGGUAUCGGGCCAUUUGUGUAUGCCAGUGUCGAGUACGAACGUCUAUAGGCGUACGGUAGUUAGCGAGUCGCCUCUUCACUCGGUGAUUGUCCGGAUACAUAGCAAUAGAUGUAAAAACCAAAUCAUAAACAAGC